AUGUCGCGGGACAAGAACGAUCAUGCCCGCAGGCGACGAGCCUGGGACAAGGCGUUCAGCUCAAAAGCUCCUCGCGACUAUGAGCCCCGUGUGGUCAAAUACACCAGCCAGCUACUCGAUCGACUAGUACAAACCCAAGACAUCCCAAUUGACAUUGCAAAGUGGUUUAAGUUUUACAGCUUCGAUAUCAUGGGUGACCUGGCUUUUGGUGAGAGCUUCAACAUGCUGACUGACGGCGUUAAGCAUCCGUUUAUGGCACUAGUUGAGUCGCAUAUGGCGAUGGCCGGUAGCUUUAGUCAACUAAUCUGGAUGUUUCCCCUGUUCAGGGCGAUGCCAUUCCUGGGUCGUGAAGAUGCUAUCUUCCAGAAAUGGCUUGAGAAUCAAGUUCGUCAUCAAGAACAGAACAAACCGGACAUUCCAAAUAUCUUCUCGUGGCUUCUUGAGGAUUAUAAGUCGCAGCUACAUCCAAAAGAGCAAGAUUGGUUGAACCUACAAGCUGAUAUGCAACUUAUAGCUGUUGCUGGAAGUGAUACCACUUCUGUGACACUUACUUGCCUAUUCUUCCUAUUGGCUACCAACAAGGACGCAUGCGUUCGGCUCCAAGAGGAGAUUGACAACUUGUUUUCCAGCUUCUCACAACCUAACCACUCGAGCUUCUCCGACUUGACAUACCUUCAAGCCUGUAUUGAUGAGACACUUCGACUCUUCCCUCCAGUACCAUCUGGGCUGCAGCGUAUGACACCUGCUGAAGGGCUACGAGUAGGUGACAUCUUCAUCCCUGGAGAUACCAUCGUGACUGUUCCAUCCUACACACUCUAUCGAGAUGAACGGUACUUCACCUCUCCGGAUGACUUCGUCCCAGAGCGCUGGACGACAAAACCAGAAAUGGUAAAGGACGAGUCGGUAUUUGCUCCAUUCUCAGUUGGCAAGUCUCAAUCGUCUCUGUAA